AUGGACGAUCUUAUUCUGUUUCUUGAAUUUCCAAUUGAUUUCAAAGGUCAACAAAGAGCCCACGACUUUGCUUCUCUUUUAUUAAACAUCGCCACUGUUUUUUCUGUACUUGUUGGUUUUUUCUCCCUGAGUAUUGAAUAUUUGGUAUACACUUUUGGUAUUUGUUUGAUUGGUACUUAUCUUAUUACAUUGCCCAAUUGGUCUUUUUAUACAAAGGAUCCAGUUCAGUGGUUACAAGUGAAUUUUUUCAGUCCAGAACAAAGUGAAGACGAAGAAGUUACCCCUGAAGUUGUCAAUUAG